AUGGCGCUCCAUCACCGGGCCAUCCAGGCCGCCCGGGACGGGGACCUGGCGGCCCUCAGGGACCAGGCGGCCUCCGGCCACCUCUCCCCGGCCAUCAGCGACGAGCAGGGCGCGGGCCUGGUGCACCACGCCGCCCGGUGCGGCCGCCUGCACUGCCUGCAGUUCCUGGUCAGCGACCUGGGGCUGCCGGCCGACCCCAGGGCCGUGAACAGGGCCACGCCGGCGCACGAUGCUGCAGCCACCGGCAACAUCCGAGAGCUGCAGUGGCUGCUGGACCAGGGAGGCUGCAACACGGAGGACAAGGAUGCUGCCGGUGCCACGGCCCUUCACCUGGCAGCCCGGUUCGGUCGUGUGGAGGUGAUCAGGUGGCUGCUCUCUGUUGGAGGAGGCGCUGGGAUGGAGACGGACUGUGGAGCUGUACCUGCUCACUACGCUGCAUCCAACGGGGAUCUCACCAGUUUAAAACUACUGGUUCAGGAAGCACCUGGGUGUGUGAACCACCAGACCGGCAUCGGGGCCACCCCGCUCUACCUGGCCUGCCAGGAGGGCCACCUGCAUGUGCUGGAGUUCCUGGUGAAGGACUGCGGGGCCGACGUGCACCGCAGGGCCCACGACGGGAUGACCUGCCUGCAUGCCGCCGCUCACAUGGGUCACCGAGCUGCCGUGCUGUGGCUGGUGACCUACACAGAUAUUGGCUUGUCUUGCCAAGACAGAGACGGAGCCACCGCGCUGCACUUUGCCGCCAGCAGGGGGCACUGUUGCAUCUUGGAGGAGCUGCUUCAGUUGGGUUCAAAGGUCAUCAGGGACUACUGGGGUGGGACCCCUCUUCAUGAUGCUGCAGAGAAUGGAGAGCUGGAGUGCUGCAAAAUCCUGCUGGCCAGUAGAGCGAACCCUACUGAUGAAGAUAUCGAUGGGUUCACGGCAGCAGACUUGGCCGAGUACAACGGACACCACGAAUGUGCCAGAUACCUUCGUGCCAUCGAGAAAAACACGCCGUGUUCCGAUAAACCCGACAAAGUCAUCAUCCCCGUGGAGGAGGAGGUGAAGCUGAAGCCAGCUGUAUUUCUGCAACGCGACAAGGAGGACUACUACGGCAGCCUCAGCGACGCAUGCAGGGACAGAGACAUGGAUAGUUUAAAGCAACCUGAGCACGAGGGGUCCCCGCAGGCCAGAUAUCCUCUUGCACCUCUAUCCUCUGCUUCCCGCGCUGCAAUCCGUCGCAUAGAGCAGGUUCAAACUGCAACAUCUGUUCUAAAAGCUUUUCAUCAGUCCAAGGGGGCUGGGGGCAAGAAAACAGUCUCUCCUGACAAGAUAAAGCUUCCUGACGCAAACCUCCUGGCUGAACGAAAACUGCUCGGCGACAUGAAGUCCAUCAGAUCUUUGAAAGACUCAGGAAUGUCAGGAGUCUUCACUGGACACGCAAAUAAGAUGGUGGUUCUGCCCUCGGAGGAGGCCAACCUGUCAGACAUUGACUAUCUGGUGCCCACCCAUGACGAGAGGGGUCGUCCCAUAGCGGAGUGGAAGAGGCAGGUCAUGGUGAGGCAGCUGCAGGCCCGGCUGCUGGACGAGGAGGAUCAACGGAGGAAGGAAAACGGGAACAGAUAUGCCAAAGUCAGCUGGAGGUACUCCCAAGCCCACAAUGCCAUCCUGGGGCCCUCUGGUGAGCUGUUGACUGAGGAUGACCUCAUAUAUCUGGAACAGCAAAUUGCCAAUGUCUCCAUGCAGAGGAACUGUGCAGGUUAUGAGCUGGAGCUGGCUCGCCUCGCCGAGGAACUCAGGCACAUCCUGCCAGCCCCCAUAGUCAAUAUCACUGUCAACACGCAGUUCAGAAACUUCAAAAGUCAAGUCCCCCUACCUGUCUGGUGCAGCCGCAUUUCUGGCAUCGUAAAGAGCAUGUCCCUGCUCAUGACUAACCUAUCAGACCAGCCCUUUUGCAAGAUGCCCAACACUGAACUCAUCACAGUGUUUUCCCAGACGCCUGACAGACAUAUUUCCACCAGAGUACGCAGGGAGAGCAUUGAGGAGGAAAUUCAUCAAUUUGGCGUCUCGGUGAGGACUCUGAGGUCAAACUUCGAAUCGCAGAGCCUUUCUAUGUUAGAUCAGCCUCAGGAGGCCCUCAAGCUGCCUCCUAACACACCGCCUGAGGACGCACAAUCAGACAAACAGCCUGAAAUAUUGAACCCAGCACAAGAAAGAGAGCAGAACAGUGAUUCGGGAAUUGACUUUGAUGAAAAGGCUCCUGACGUUCAGGAAACUACCAGCCUCAGGAAGGAGCGUAUCGUGGUUCUGUUUCUGGGCCACUGGAAGAAAUCUGCCUACACGGUGACUCUGAAGAGUAGGGAUGCAGAGGAGAUGAAGAUGAGCGACGGAGGCCUGGAGAUGGACGACAAACCUGGCUCUGGUCGCGAUGGCGCUGUGGAACGCACCCAGUCAAAUAUAAUGAACAGUUCCCUUGGUCAUUUCUUCAAGCAGAGGAGUGCCGUCAACAAGAUGCUGGGGAACUGGAGGAAAAUGAUCUCCAGCGUUCCCUCCAGACAGAUACGCAGGCUCCACAGGCAGAAGGUGGUGUUCUCUCCGGAGCAGUUCUUACCUCGGCUGGACGGCGUACCUGCAGACUACGACAGCCUGACCCUGGAUCUCUUCAUGCUGGGCUACUUUCACAUCCUGGAGUUGGAUCUGCCCGUGGAUGAACGCAAGAUGAGGCACCUUCUGUGUUUUGAGGUGUUUGACCGCGUGGGGAGGUUCCCCUGGGAGCUGGUCAGGGACUUUCAUAAAGCCGUAUUACAGGACAUCGAGGCCGGGAACCGUGAGUGGAAAGAUGGCUUUGAGGACAUUAAAGUGAAUUUCUUUGGAACUAGCACGAGUGAAUGUGAAGACGCUGCAGACGUGGUGAAACACAGCCCCCCGGAGGUCAGACAAGUCCCCAGAGUCAUCGUUCAGACACCUACACCCGACGAGGGGGGGCUUUCUGGUGGAACUGAUAUUUCCAGUUUCAGCAACGAUGAAAUUUGUCAAUAUAUCGACCGCAGUUUUGCUUUUUGGAAAGAGAAAGAAGCCGAGAUUUUUGAUUUUGAAUAGUUUUGUUCUGUAAUAUCUUGUUUUAUAUGUAUUUUUGUAAGCUUUAGG